AUGGCUCCUUCGCCCCUACGGCCGCUGGCCGCUGGGGGUCCCCCGACCCUCAAAAAGCUGGCAGCGCAAUCCGAGGUGUACGUGCACCUCGAGAAACGAGUGCAUGCGUUACGUAAGCAGCUUUUUGGGUAUGCGAGGGGGAUGCCGGGGGAGGCUGCGUGGCUCAAGCCUCUCCAAGGAAAAGAGAUGAAGGAGUACUACUGGCCGAGCAAAUAUGACUUGCCAAGCUUCAAUAUGGAGCAAUACCUGCAAAUGCAAGCGUUGCGCUACGCACCCAAGCCAACACACCCCUCGCUUUUGUCGCUCUCCCGUUUGAUGGCACUCCUGACCGAAAGAAAGAAGACGGUUCGUCACCUGCUUUCACAGUUGGAUGCAGAGCUUCUCAGGGAGAAUCCUACGCUGCAAGACCUUUACGCGCUCUACAAGUCGCUCUUCUCGGACGAUCCGCUGAGCAGCGAUUCGCGGCAAAAAGAGCAGCCGUGGCGCUGGACCGACUGCCUUGAGGCAGAAACUCUUCUCGCUCUGGUGGAGGCGACUUCGCAGCAGGAAGGCGGCGAAAAACUUUUCAGCGACAUCUUAAAAGAAGCAAAAACGCAAUGCAGGCUUUUUUCGUUCUUUCUCGCACCCUGGGCGCAUGCAGCAGGUUACUGUAACGCGAAUCUCUUAUUGGGUGUCUUCGCGCUCAAAGGGUGUUCUCUCUGCAGCGAGGCAACCCCGAAGUUUAGCGACUCUUUGGGCCGUGGUGUACUGUGCGCUUCAGGGGCCGUAAGUGACGCAGCUGCGGCGAAGGGGGCACUCGUGCGGAUGUUAGAAAGCGCGAAUGAGCAAACGGAAGCGAUGAGGGCGGCAGGGAACGAAGGUAGAGACAAGCACGCACUGGGUUUAUUAGGGCCUCCGGGUGUGACUGUGCAUUCGGUGGGUUUGGCCCCAGCAGAGACGGAGAGCCAAACGAGGCAGCGGGAAAGGAGACAAGCAGCUGCGCAGGAGGAAUUGCAGAGCGAGAUUGAGAGCGACGCGAAACUGGCUAGCUACUACAGAACGUCCCACCGGUUCAUUGAUCCCUUGUUCAAGAGGAAGAGGCUGUCGUUCCUUGACCGGCUGGCAAGGAGCAGAAUCAAGAGCCAAACGGCGAAAGAAAUCGGCGCUCAGGUGUACAUACACCACCCCGACAGACAGCCCUCAUUCCCACAUAACAAGGGCUUUAUAAACAGAAAGUGGCCCUCGCCUUAUCACUAG